GCUGUCAGCUGGAGGAAGCGGAGUAGGAAGCGGCCGCGAUGUCCUUUUGUGUCCUACAAGCCGCCGGCGGCGCCGCCGAGUGAGGGGACGCGGCGCGGCGCGGCGGCGCGGCCCGAGGAAGAGGCGGAGGAGGGGCCGCCCGUGGCCCCCGGCUCACCCCGGCGCUCCGGGCCGCUCGGCCCCCAUGCCUGCCCGCCCGCCCCGCCGGAGCCCCAGGUGACCAGCGCCAUGUCCAGCCAGGUGGUGGGCAUCGAGCCGCUCUACAUCAAGGCAGAGCCGGCCAGCCCCGACAGCCCGAAGGGUUCCUCGGAGACCGAGCCCGAGCCCCCCGUGGCCCUGGCCCCCGGCCCCGCUCCCGCCCGCUGCCUCCCAGGCCACAAGGAGGAGGAGGAUGCGGAGGGCGCGGGGCCCGGCGAGCAGGGCGGCGGGAAGCUGGUGCUCAGCUCCCUGCCCAAACGGCUCUGCCUGGUGUGCGGGGACGUGGCCUCCGGCUACCACUAUGGCGUGGCAUCCUGCGAGGCCUGCAAAGCUUUCUUCAAGAGGACCAUCCAGGGGAGCAUCGAGUACAGCUGCCCGGCGUCCAACGAGUGUGAGAUCACCAAGCGGAGACGCAAGGCCUGCCAGGCCUGCCGCUUCACCAAGUGCCUGCGGGUGGGCAUGCUCAAGGAGGGGGUGCGUCUGGACCGCGUGCGGGGUGGUCGGCAGAAGUACAAGCGACGGCCCGAGGUGGACCCACUGCCCUUCCCGGGGCCCUUCCCCACUGGACCUCUGGCGGUAGCUGGAGGCCCUCGGAAGACAGCCCCCGUGAACGCGCUGGUGUCGCAUCUCUUGGUCGUCGAGCCCGAGAAACUGUACGCCAUGCCUGACCCUGCAGGCCCCGAUGGUCACCUCCCGGCCGUGGCCACCCUCUGCGACCUUUUUGAUCGAGAGAUCGUGGUCACCAUCAGCUGGGCCAAGAGCAUCCCAGGCUUCUCGUCGCUGUCCCUGUCAGACCAGAUGUCCGUGCUGCAGAGCGUGUGGAUGGAGGUCCUGGUGCUUGGUGUGGCCCAGCGCUCUCUGCCCCUGCAGGACGAGCUGGCCUUCGCCGAGGACCUGGUCCUGGAUGAAGAGGGGGCGCGCGCGGCGGGCCUGGGGGAGCUGGGGGCGGCCCUGCUGCAGCUGGUGCGGCGGCUGCAGGCGCUGCGGCUGGAGCGGGAGGAGUACGUGCUGCUAAAGGCCCUGGCCCUGGCCAAUUCAGACUCCGUGCACAUCGAGGACGCCGAGGCGGUGGAGCAGCUGCGGGAGGCGCUGCACGAGGCCCUGCUGGAGUACGAGGCUGGCCGGGCAGGCCCUGGCGGGGGCGCGGAGCGACGGCGGGCAGGCAGGCUGCUGCUCACCCUGCCGCUCCUCCGCCAGACGGCGGGCAAAGUGCUGGCCCAUUUCUACGGGGUGAAGCUGGAGGGCAAGGUGCCCAUGCACAAGCUCUUCUUGGAGAUGCUUGAGGCCAUGAUGGACUGAGGCAAGGGGUGGGCAUGGGUGGGGGUGCUGGCAGGACCCGCCCGGCAGGGAAUCAGCCCCACGGUGAGGGGGCAGCGCGCAGCCUGCUGGCAAGGCCAGGGCCGUACCAUCAGCCCCUGGGAGCGGGCCUUCCGCCCUCCUCUCCCCGCCGAGGGGGGCACUGGAAAGGAGCUGGGAAGGCAUGCCCGGGCUCUGGGCAGUGCUGCCCCUUGCAAGCCAUAAUGUGCCCCGCGAGUGUCCGGGGCCUUGCGGAAGCCAUAGGGGGCUUAGGGGACGUGUGAGGGGGCAGAAGCCUGAUCUCAGGGAGGGAAGGAGUGUGGAGGUCACAGUCUCCCAGCGGGUGAUGCUUUUGCUGCUGCUUAAUCCGACCCCCUCUCCAGAGCAGAGGGCACAGAGAGCAAAGGCCCGCCCCCUUCGCACCUCUCUCCCUCAUCUGCAUUGGGCAUUACUGCCCCCCCCCUUGAAGCAAUAACUCCAAGCAGGCUCCAGCCCCUGGACCCCUGGGGUGGCCAGGGCCCCCCAUCAGCUCCCAUCCGACCUCGUCAGGGGUUAGGGAGAGCCCUGCCUCUAUGCCCUGCAGAGCAAUAACACUAUAUUUAUUUUUGGGUUUGGCCAGGGAGGCACAGGGACAAGGGGCAAGCCGGGGCCCAGUGCCCAGGCUGUACAGAGACUCUAUUUUAAUGUAUAUUUGCUGCAAAGAGAAACCGCUUUUGGUUUUGAACCUUUAAUGAGAAAAAAAUAUAUAUAAUAUCGAGCUCAAA